UCCCAUAUUGACGUUGGCGAGAUGCACGCGCCGCAUUGCUCAAAACGCCAUUGACAGGAACAGUAGGUUGGUAGUACUAUGCGUCCACGACUGGAAGUGUUCCCAUAUUGACGUUGGCGAGAUGCACGCGCCGCAUUGCUCAAAACGCCAUUGACAGGAACAGUAGGCUGGUAGUACUAUGCGUCCACGACUGGGAGUGUUGCCACAUUGACGUUGGCGUGAUGCGCGCGCCGCAUUGCUCAAAAGGCCACUGACAGGAACAGUCGGUAGCGCAAUGCGCAACGCAUCACAGGUCAGUAAAAUGGAGCGAAGUGAGGUUAAAAAACAAAGUGUGCCUUCCCAACCGCGGUUUACACCUGAUGACGAUGAAACACUAAUAAACGAAGUAUCUGUGCGUGGAGUGUUGUGGAAAUCGAGCCACUCGGACUUCAAGAAUAGCGCGAAAAAAGAUAAGAUAUGGAACGAUAUAGGGGAACUGCUAGAUAAGACAGGAGAACAGUGCAAAACACGCUGGAAAAGCAUAAGGGACAAUUUCAAACGCACCAGAAGAGAUGAAAGUAGCGGAACAGGAAAACCUGCGAAGAUAAAACGAGCCAAUUAUUGGGAACUAUUAACAUUUCUGGACGAAGCUGAUGACAAACGAAGGGGUUGCAGCAAAGCUGGUGAAGGAGAGUUAAACUACACCGAAGUGACACACGUGAUGAUAGAUGAUGCUGAUGGUGAUGUCCUCGAUGAGGAUUACAGUAUAUUAGCUACCGAACAGGGAGGCCAAGACGACCACCUCCCCACACUUACCACUCCUCCUCAGACCGCGCAUCAACACACUACUGUAAGCAACAAUGAUUCAAGGCAAGCUUCAGAUAGGUUAACUGUAGCCGAGUCCCCUGUACACCCCAACCCCCUAACCUUGGCGAGGAAACAGAAGAGAAAAAGAUACAGGAGUAACUGUGCCGUAAUAGACUUGCUCAAACAGGCAGGGGAUGAAAGGAAUGUCUCGUUGAAAUUUUUAGAAAGACUGGUACAGCCAAAUUCUGAUAAGGAUGACAUAGAGCUUUUCUUCCAAACAAUGGCUGCAACUGUGAAGAAAUUUAAACCUUCGGACAGAGCUGAAGCCAAAGUGAAAGUUUUUAAUGUUGUAAGCGACAUAGAAAUGCGGCAGUUCUUUGACCCACCCGAUACAGCGACUGCUGAAGAAUAUUCCCGCCCGCAGAGCUCUUCUACUUCCGCAUUAAGAGGGAAUGUAGAAUAAAGUGUUUACUUCUCUAAAUCAACUCACGUAUUGAUGAAAUAAAUAUAAUAAUAGUUAUUUUCGAUUAAUUUUAGAAUUUGCCUUAUACCAAAACACCGCUCCCUUAACGCUUUCCACAAGUAAAGAAACGCAUUAGAAUAUGUAUGGACAAAAAUUGUAAAAUUAAACUAUUUGCUAUGGGUCAA